AUGGGUUGUAGUGCUGGACUCGUAGCCAUAGACCUUGCCAAACAACUCCUACAGGUACAUCAAAAUUCAUAUGCCUUAGUAGUGAGCACAGAAAAUAUCAACAGCGGAUGGUACUUAGGAAACAACAGAUCAAUGCUUGUUUCGAAUUGUCUCUUUCGUGUAGGUGGUGCAGCAAUCUUACUCUCAAACAUUUCCUCUGAUUCUCACCGUUCAAAGUAUCAUCUUAAACAAACUGUUUAUACCCACAUUGGUUCACAAGACAGUUGCUACAAUUCAAUCUUUCAAAGAGAAGAUGAAACAAACAAAAUCACAGGAAUAUCACUUUCAAAAGACUUAAUGAGUUCAGCAGGUUUUGCACUUAAAGAAAACAUCACAAAACUUGGAAAAUAUGUUUUACCUUUAUUAGAACAACUAAAGUUUGCUACAUCUUUUGUUGUUAAAAAGUACUUUAACAAGAAUAUGAAGGUUUAUACACCUGAUUUUAAGUUGUGUUUUGAGCACUUUUGUAUUCAUACUGGUGGAAAGGCUGUUCAAGAUGAGAUGCAAAAAGUGCUUGGAUUAAGUGCUUGGAUUAAGUGA